AUGGAGUCUCUUCCACCUUCCCCAACUUCUAGCGGUGCAACUACGGAGCCAAACACACCAGAGCCCGUCCGGCCUGACGUUGGCCGAUUCGCAAUGUUGAUGCCCAUGAAUCAAAUGGCAAGGUUGGCUAUUGAUGCAGCAGUUGAUUCGGGCUCUGAGCACCACAAGAAGUUUAUAAAGGAAACAGUAUUCGACAACAGGCCAACAAGAUGCUUCGAACUGUCCCUGACUACGUUGCCUGAACGUGUUGAUCUUGGAUGGAGGAUUGGCAGUGGCCGUCAAGACCUCAACAACGGCGGCGUGGACCUUCUCUUGUGUAUAGAAGAUGACAAGGAAAAGGGCUACCCCGGCUCAGAUGAGGACCGGGUUGCCGGUAUUCAUGCUCGUUUCAGCUGGCUCAAGGGAGCCGGUGGGUUCUUUCUCAUCGCUGACAACAAGAGGAGAAAGAAGGUGAUGCUGAAUGGGGAGAUAUUCAGGACUGACCAACGCCUAAUCCUGCCUAGGAAUACCAUCAUGAUAGGGGAAUGUGUUUUCUUUUUGCGAUAUGAAAACCUGUCUGCCGAAGAAGACGAACAAUUCCAGGUUGAAUUAACCAAGCAUUUCCGUGAACAUUACAAGACUCAGAGUCCCCUGGCAUUGCCUAUUCCAAAAGAGAAUGAUAUGCGCUUUGGGAAUUGGAUAGUACAGCAUCCGAUUUCGAAAAACGCCUUCGGCAUCGUCUACAUGGUUAUCAAUAUCCGGACAGGACAACCAGCGGCGGCGAGACAGAUUCCCAAGUCGAGGAGAAACGCAGCUGCUGUGGAACAAGAGCUGGAAAUGACUCGGCGUAUCUCCGGGUUGAGUCACCGACGACUCUCAACCACUCUCCAGUGGUAUCACCAACUAGGCCAAACCAAGGCUCAAACGGCCCGGAUCGGAUCUUGUUUCAAUCAAUGCUUGAAACCUACCUUGGACGUUAUUCUGCAUGAAUACAUCCUCAUAUCACCUCUGGUGAACACAACUUUCCGCUCAUUGUAUAUGUCAAACGUACCAGCCGAAGACAGAGUCGCUUGUUUCGCCCAGCUUCUAGAGGCGAUCGAUUUUCUUCACCGACACGGCAUCUGGCACAGGGACGUGAAGCCAGACAGCGUCUUAGUGAGAAGCUACGACCCCCCGGAUGUAAUGCUGACUGAUUUCGGAUGCGCAUCUGACGCCACGGACAUUCCCUACGAUGGCGCAGGCACUGAACAGUAUCGUGCACCCGAGCAGAUCGAGGGAAAACCCCAUGGUCGAGCCGUUGAUUAUUGGGGCUGUGGUAUAAUCGGGUUGGAGCUGAUUCUAAAGAGACCGAUUGAGUCGAGGAUCGUGGCCGGCCGUAGCCUCACAUAUUAUCAAAAGGUUCUUGAGGAUUUACAAGACUCGCCGUUAGCCAGAUGUUCCCGAAAGAUGCUGAAGGAGGCCCCGGCUUCACGCAUGACGGCUUUUGAUGCUUUGCUAGACCUUAGGGGCCCCAAGACUGGUGGUGCCCGGAUUGACCCCGAAGUCCGAUGCCACCCUCCCGAGCGCAUUUUUACCAAUGAUGUCGACUUGACCGAAGUUCAUUCGGACAAUGGGGCUGCCGAUCUGAUGGCGGAUAUCGUUGCAAUUGACGAGAGCUCUAUCGUCGACGGCGCGACCGGCGAUUCCCCUACUCAAGUCGAUAGCACAAAUGGCUUCGCACGGAGCUCUUCCAUCGACCUAGUGGAGACGCGGUCGGACAACGACAGCCAUGCUCAUGUCAACGAAAGCGUUGUCGGCAUGACCGGGGAUCGAUAUACCACAGAAUCGAACAAGAGGAGAAAACUGAUGCCAUCCGAGACAGUCCAAAGAACCUCGGGAUUGAAUUUUGAUUAG